GCAUGCUCCGGCUUCAAGACCGAAGCUAAUCUACGCAGCUCCAAACCUUGGCCCCUCACUCUUGAGUUCAAAUCCCCCCUCUGUCUCUCUCUAUACAAGGCGAGGCAUGGCGGAGCUGCCCCUGGUGGGGGGCUUGCUGGACCUGCGUCCCUGCAAGCUCUCCCCGAAGCUCCCACCACCGCCGCCGCUACCCAUGCCGGCUCGCCGGAGCCCGUCCCGUUCCCAGGCCGCCACCGCGGCCAUAGCAUCGCCCCGCCGCGCCGUCCCCGAGCUCCACUCCACCACCCACCUGGCGGACGGGAGCAUCGUGUUCCACUUCGGGCACCCGCCCGCGGAAGAACCAGGGCCGGAGGAGGCCUGCCCUGACCGUGGGCGCGCAGAUGCCUCGGCCUCGUCGCAGCCGCAGCUGGGCGUCGCCGGCGCAAUAUUAUUGGACGACCCGGCGCCGGUCGACGAGCCAAAUCCGUACAUGGCAGCUGCGGGCAGUGAAAUUUCGCUGGCCUCGUCGGACGCCGGACCGGUGGAGGCGCCCGAGCAGGCCAUCAGUUCGAUUGUCGGUGUUGAGGCAGAAGCAGGGUUGGCUGGCGGAAGGGCGGUUGCCGCGGACGAACCCGGGCCUGCGAAUUGUGGCAAUGAAGUUGAGCUCGGUGUGCGGGCUCGCGGUACCGUGGAGGCGGGCGUGACCGGGCCGGCCAGUUUGGAAGGCAUCGAAGAGGCGGAGGCGGAUGCGGCGGCUUCAUCGGAAGGCUCUACCUCCCAGAAUUUCGACACCGACGUGGAUACGGAGUACAGCGGCUCCAGCGGCGACGAGCAAGGGGCGACGGAAUUCGGAGUCCCCAUCCCAGCAGCGGGUGAAGUUCGCAACCUUGUGGAUUUGGAAAAAGAAAUUUCAGAAGGGAGGAUCUCUGAUAGGAGGGUUCCCGUGGCUAAGUCAUCGCUUGUGUUGAUGUCAGGUGCUGCCAUCUUGCCUCAUCCUUCUAAGGUAGGAACAGGUGGAGAAGAUGCUUAUUUCAUUGCACACAAUGGUUGGUUUGGUGUGGCAGAUGGAGUUGGUCAGUGGUCAUUUGAAGGAAUCAAUGCAGGACUUUAUGCAAGAGAGCUAAUGGAUGGCUGUAAAAAAAUCAUUAUGGAUAAUGAAGGAGAAGCUGAGCUUACACCUGAGCAAGUUCUCUCCAAGGCUGCAAAUGAAGCAAGUUCUCCUGGUUCUUCAACUGUCUUAAUUGCUCACUUUGAUGGCCAGUUCCUUCAUGCAUCAAAUAUUGGGGACUCUGGGUUUCUAGUGGUAAGAAAUGGCAAAGUAUACACAAAAUCAGAACCGAUGGUUUAUGGUUUUAACUUCCCACAUCAAAUUGAGAAGGGGGUUGAUCCCUUAAAGCUUGUACAGAAUUAUACAAUUGAUCUAGAGGAAGGUGAUGUCAUUAUAACAGCAACAGAUGGCCUUUUCGACAAUGUCUAUGAGCAAGAAGCAGCCGCCAUGAUCUCGAGAUCUUUACAGGCAGAUUUAAAACCGACAGACAUGGCCGAGCACCUGGCUGCUAGGGCACAUGAGGUAGGGAGGUCUGGAGCAGGGAGAAGCCCAUUUUCAGAUGCUGCCCUUGCAGUGGGUUACCUAGGUUUCAGUGGGGGGAAGUUGGAUGACACAGCUGUUGUUGUGUCCAUCGUCCGGAGAUCGGAAGUUUAAUUAUAGAAGACCCACCUGUGGAGAGAAGCUAUUCUGUCUUGGUUGAAGCUCACUGCUUGGCCAUCACAUUCAGGUACUGUCGUCAUGAAGUUUAGUGGCGAGAAUGGUGUUUCCCCCUGGUACAGACACCUGGUCUUACGACCAAAGGUUUCAUUGUAUCCUGAGUGGCCUAUGCACUCUCAUAGUAGAUUUUUUUACUUGGUGUGAGUGUUAUGCGCAAAUUUUGGGCUAUAGAAUGUGAAUAUGUGAUAUGUAUCCUGAUCUCCGGCUUGAGUUAUAAACUAGUGGCCAAGAACUAGCCAUCUAGGGAUGUCCAAAGCCAAGCAUGCAUAGGAAGUAAUAUUCAUAAAAUACAUCUAUUGGAACAUUGUGAUGUUAAGUUGUUACUGGAUACCUUGCCACACAGGUAACUAUAGGUGUGUUUUUUUUUUCA